AUGCCCGAAGACCCGGAAGACGUGAAGGCGAGCCCGUCUACACCAACGCCAUUUGACGCUAGACUCAUCCCGGAGUUCGACGGUACAACGGACGUCGUAGAAUGGGUGACAAGGGCCGAGAUGUUGUGCGAGCUUUGGGGCGCCGCCUCCCAGUCCGUCUUACCGCUGCGCCUGACUGGUGGCGCGUUCGCCGUGUGGUCACAACUCCCUCAAGCCAGCCGCUGUUCUCCAGAAGCCGUGCGUGACGCCUUGUACGCGGCGUUCGCUUUGGACCAGUACGCGGCGUACGAGGCAUUCGCUACACGCCGCCUCCGGCCGGAUGACACUCGCAGAACAGUUCGCGCUGGAUGUAGGGCCGAAGACCUCGACCUGGUUAGUGUGCUGGCCCGGGCUCGUGCUGUACUCUCUGAUGAGAGUGUAGCUGCUGGUGUGGCUGCUGGAGCUGUAGUGACACAGGCUCGUGGUCAACCAACAACGGUCAGAGAGCAGCUUCACGAGCAACAAGUGAGAGCACCGAGGCGCACUCGUCGUUGCUGGAAUUGCGGCCGGCCGGGGCAUCUUGCUGCAGCAUGCCCGUGUUACGGGAAACGACGUAGGAGGGGACGCAUCAGCUCCAGCGUUCUCCUCCGGAAACCAGUGAGCGGCGCGUUGCCAGUGGUGCAGCUGUUAGUCAACGGACGUCGUUGUCAAGUGCUCGUUGACACAGGCAGCACCGAGACCAUCGUGCACGCUUCGUGUUGCAUGCGGUGGCAACCGCGGAUCACCAGCGUAACAACCAUCAGUGGAGACACGUUCCGGUGUACUGGAGUCGGCGAGGUGUCUGUGGAGACUCCUGCUGGCCUGUGUGCCAGACUCGAAGCACUGGUAGUGAGCCAGCCUCCCCUGGGCGCGGAUGUUGUACUUGGCAUCGCAGGCAUCGAGGCACUUGGUGGAGUCACGGUGAAGUCUGCCUCUGAUGUUCAAUUCUGCGGCGCUGGACAGCGACGGUUGUGUGGCACCGCUGCCCCUGCGCCAUUGGUGGUGGACGCCCCUGACUUCAGCGUGCAGUUCAACACAGUGAGUCGGACGUGGAUCGUCACGUGGAAGUGGACGAAUGGUGCUGCCCCUGACUGUCUCGGCAACACAGUGGAGCAGUACAACGUGCCCCUUUCCAUGCGACAGGCGUUCUGCCAGGAGCUGGAGUCGUGGAUUACAAGUGGUUGGCUUGUACCUCACGAUGAGCAGCAGCACGGGGCACCUCGGGGGCUUCUACCGCUCAUGGCAGUGCGGCAGAACAAUGGCGGUAAGGUGCGGCCCGUACUCGAUUACCGUGAGCUAAAUGACUGCGUGACUGCCUUCACUGCCGACAGCGACGUAUGCUCUGACCAACUAAGGAAGUGGCGCCGGCAUGGAGAGAACGUGUCCGUCCUCGACCUACGCAAGGCGUAUCUACAGGUGCGUGUAGAUCAGCAUUUGUGGCCUUUCCAGACCGUGAUGGUGAGAGGUCGGCGGUACUGCUUAACGCGCCUUGGUUUUGGCUUCAACAUCGCUCCACAAGUUAUGAAAGCAGUUGUCAAGACCAUCCUGGCUCAAGACUCUAAGAUCGAACAAGCAGUUUUGCCGUACGUAAACGACCUGCUCGUGAAUGAAGACCUGGUCAGUGCAGAGCAGGUUGCUGCACACUUCGCGAGUUACGGGCUGGAGUGUAAACAGCCAGUCCGUGUGGCGGACGGGCACGCUUGCUGGGUCUACGCGUACGUCCGGUGA